UCUCUUGAGGGAGAGAUUUAAAAAGUGCUGCACUAGAGGCCAGUCUAUCUGGGCUGCUUAGGAGCCGUGGAAUGGGAUUUGUGCGACUUUAAAAUGGAUCAGUGUUUUGUAAUGAAUGGGUUUUUUUUCGUCGGUGCGCCUGCCUAUUAUUAGCUACGGAGGCCUUACAGUAAGUGGAGGUGGUUCCAUGACGGUCAGGGCUGCAGCUCUGCAACGCACCGACAGGCUUCAGAUCAGCGUUCGUAUUUUUGGCAAUGCAAUCGGACUUAUCGCGCUGAUCCAGAGGACCUCUCCCGAAACAUCUGCGGUCGGCCACCUAUUUUCAAGCCUCGUUCACCUUGCCUUGAAGAUGAAGUUAAAUACGAUCUGCCGUCAGGUGCAAGCCGCAUCCGAUGGAGCCCUGCUUUUUAUCUCGUCCAUCGACCAACCCGAUGCAGCACUUCCUUAUGUUGCGGUCCCAGCUGACGGAUUCUGAUAUGGACUAUGAGAGGCCAAACGUUGAAACUAUCAAGUGUGUGGUGGUAGGAGACAAUGCAGUUGGAAAGACCCGCCUUAUCUGUGCCCGGGCCUGCAAUGCCACACUGACUCAGUACCAGUUACUCGCUACACAUGUGCCCACAGUUUGGGCAAUUGACCAGUACAGAGUAUGCCAGGAGGUAUUAGAGCGCUCCAGAGAUGUGGUGGAUGACGUCAGUGUGUCCCUUCGGCUCUGGGAUACUUUCGGAGACCAUCAUAAGGACCGGCGUUUUGCAUAUGGCAGGUCUGACGUGGUGGUUCUGUGCUUCUCAAUCGCCAAUCCCAACUCUCUGUACCAUGUGAAGACCAUGUGGUACCCUGAGAUCAAGCACUUCUGUCCCCGUGCUCCUGUCAUCCUAGUGGGCUGUCAGCUGGACCUGCGCUAUGCUGACCUGGAGGCAGUGAAUAGGGCACGGAGGCCUUUAGCUAGACCCAUUAAAUCAAAUGAGAUUCUUCCACCAGAGAGAGGCCGGGAGGUGGCCAAAGAGUUGGGAGUGCCAUAUUAUGAAACCAGUGUUGUUGCUCAAUUUGGAGUCAAGGACGUCUUUGAUAAUGCUAUCCGAGCUGCGCUCAUCUCACGCCGCCACCUGCAGUUUUGGAAAUCUCACCUCAGAAAUGUGCAGCGGCCUCUCCUUCAGGCGCCCUUCCUGCCACCGAAACCUCCCCCGCCUAUAAUCACUGUGCCUCCUCCACCAACCACCACAGAGGAGCAUCCAGUCGGCCUCCUGGAGGACCCACACUGUGCUGAUGUCAUCCUGGUUUUGCAGGAGCGACAGAAAAUCUUUGCACACAAGAUAUACUUGGCAACAUCCUCUUCAAAGUUCUAUGACCUCUUUAUCAUGGACACACAAAAUGAGGAGACUGAGAGGCCCCCUCGUGGUCCUCUUUCUGGCCGAGAGCUGCUGAUGCGUGCUGCUAGCUUUGAUGUUUGCGAGAGCAGCGAUGACGGAGACAGGGCCAACCUGAGGGCCUGCACUAGCGACGGAACCUUGAAGGACUCCGAGGGGGGCCGGCGUGGCAGACUGCUCUCGUCGUGGAGCCGAGCCUUCGUCAGCAUCCAGGAGGAAUUGGUAGAUGACCCUCUGACGUACAGCCCCAGGCCCAUGACUGUAGUGCACAUGGACCAGUCCAUGCAGCUUGGUCCUUUCCGAGCAGUACUUCGCUACCUGUACACAGGUCAGCUAGAUGAGAAUGAGAAAGAGCUAAUGCACAUUGCACACAUUGCUGAGCUGCUGGAGGUCUUUGACCUGCGGAUGAUGGUGGCAAACAUACUUAACAACGAAGCCUUCAUGAAUCAAGAAAUCACCAAAGCCUUCCAUGUACGGCGCACAAACAGAGUCAAAGAGUGCUUGGCUAAAGGCACCUUUUCUGAUGUAGUAUUCAAGCUAGAUGAUGGAACGAUCAUGGCCCACAAGCCUUUACUCAUCUCUAGUUGUGACUGGAUGGCAGCUAUGUUUGGCGGGCCUUUUGUGGAGAGCUGCACCAAAGAGGUGCUGUUUCCCAACACAACUCGCAGCUGUAUGAGGGCUGUGCUAGAAUAUCUCUAUACGGGGCGGUUUUGUUCUCGGCCUGACUUGGAUGCAAUGGAGCUUAUUGUUCUUGCCAAUCGUCUUUGCCUCCCCCACCUGGUUGCACUUACAGAACUUUACACAGUAACAGUAUUGACAGAGGCAGCAAUGAUGGGGGCUGACAUUGAUGGAGAUGUGCUGGUGUACUUGGAUAUGGCCCAGUUCCAUGGUGCCCAGCAGCUCACUGGUUGGUGUCUCCACCACAUCUGCACCAACUACAACAGUGUCUGCCGCAAGUUUCCCCGAGACAUGAAGGCCAAGUCUACAGAUUAUUCUGAUGCAGAGAACCAAGAGUACUUUGAGAAGCAUCGCUGGCCACCUGUGUGGUAUCUUAAGGAGGAUGACCACUACCAAAGAGCACGCAAAGAGCGUGACAAGGAGGACUACCUGUAUCAGAGACGGCAAUGCAAACGCAAGUGGCUCUUCUGGAACCUUCCUUCCUCGCCUAACUCAAACUCUCCUUCCUCUGGCUCGUCCGCUGUCAUCUGACCAAGUGGUAAGGCCAGGUUCACUCUGGAGUACAUCAGUGUGCAAUACAGUAGAAGAAGAUAAGCACUGCUUACUAGGUACGCCACCCCAAUUAUUCAGGCACAUAGUUUCUCUUCCUGUUUGUUUGCCUCUGCAGUCAAACGGCACUCCUCCAGGUUUGCAGGGUCAGCUCAAUCUGGCGGUUAAAGUAGAGUUUUGUUCCUUAUAUUUUUAGCUCAGUGUACAUGAGACUCAAACCUCAGUGAUGUGAGCCUCACUGACAAAUGGCACAGUGUAACUGGCGCAAAUAACAACUCAUAUCGAUUGUUAAAUGUUCCACCAUCUGAGUUUUAAGUUUUAAAAAUAGGACUCUGCUGGCACAGAACUUUCCACCUAUGAUCAUAAUUAUCAUCAAUUUAACCUGAACUGAUAACCAAGUGCUGCUGAUCAGCUGCAACAACCAGCAAUUCAACACAGAACUUAAGUCUCAGAGAUAUAACACUUUGCCCUUAAGUGUUUGUACAAUCUACCAAACUAUAUGUACAGUAUGAUCUCCUCAACAGGAUGUAACAUCGGUAAAGCUUGCCAGGAACCAAUUAUUGACGUCAUUCACUCCAACCAUGCUGAUUAUGAUCGUGUAUGCAUAAAUGAAAAUGCGGGCAAGUUUAUUUUUGUACAGCCAUUCUGUCUUUGAAUGUUUGUGUACGGCUUGCACAGCUGAAAGUGAUGUGAGUCUGGACACACUCAGCAUUUACAUAUUGUGAUCUUGUGAUUUGUGGCCUCUUGUCACAAAAGGGCUUUAGUUUACAUGAAUGCAUUCAGUGUCCCGAGACACAAGAGAUCCCAAAUCAAGGAAAAUAUCUGUAUUUUCUGUAAAAUGCCAGCAAAAACAAAACCAGAUCACUAUUAUUUCCUAUGUGUUGCUUGAUGAGGCUCGUUAGCACACAUGUUUCCUGAGUCCUUCAGCUUUACAUUGAAAGGUCCCAUAAGCUUGAUCACUGUCAUCCUGGAAAGCUACACAUGAUGCAUCUCAGAUCCAAUGGCAGCAUUUCCAGAGCUGAAGCGACCACAUAUACAUUAUCAUUCCUCCGUGAAGGAGUGUUUGUCAUAUCUGUCACUUGGUGGUGAUUUGGCCUUUAGAGAUUUGUCUUAGUUGAUCAGAGGAUGCCCCCUGACUGUCUGCAGUUGGCUGUGUAAGACUUGUACAUGCAGGAGGCUUCCUCAGACCUGGAUGAAGUCAUCCAUACUCUUCUACACACAUUGAGCACUUUCUGGACUCUUCUCCACAGAGACACACACAAAAACCUCCAGUAGCAGCAUCCUGGUGAACGGCACUAAAGACAGUAUGGUGUCAUGACAUGCUGCGGCAAAUUUUAAAAAAGGAACUGGGGAGGACACAAGACUAUGAUAUUUAAAAAUGUUUUAAAAAGUUGUUAAGAGGUUUAGAUCAAAUCAUUUUUCUUGAUUUGUUUUGCACACCUCACAGUAUAUCUUCAAGAUUGUCAUCUACUGUUGUACUUGAUUGUAAGGUGGACUGCAGCAUUAUUUGGGUUUGUAAGCGUGGUGCUCAGUGAAGAUGGGUAGUAUUGUAAAUUGUACAAAAAUAUCAAAUGAACUGCAAGUAACUUGCAUCACUCUAAUGUGCAGUUACCUAAUAGUGUGCACUGCAGGCAGUGAGCAGAAUCAUCCAGUAUUACUGAGUAAUACAUAUACAGAAUAUAGACUUGACUUAUCUGACUUGCAUUUAGUUACUGUGCAGCUACAAACUAUUGUUGAAAAUAACUGAAUACUCAUAGUGCUGACCUCCAGUUACAUUUAUUAUAUACUGUAGUAUACAUGCAAAUUACAGGCAGUUCAAACAGUUGACUUAUAGUAAAAUAGGAUUACAGUGCUAAAUAGACACAUUUAUAUAAAUUACAUUAUAAAGACUUAUGGUACAUUCAUAAAACACACCAUUGUUAUCAAGAGUAAAUUCUGAUUCCAGCAUAUGUUAAAGGCAGGCUUGCUUUGAUUCUGCAUACAAUUGGUUAUACUUUUCCAAACAGUUUUUACCUGAAAGACAUUAGAUAGAUCCCAACAAAGAGCUUAAACUGAUUAAGUGAUAUGAAUCAAUUCACUGACAAAACCAAUUUUUGCUCGUAAUAACUCCUGACCUAACUACACUGCAUGAACAGGGCUCUCCAAAGGAGACGUUUAUUCAUCAUCAUUUAAAGUAUAAGAUAUAGCUAAUUGAUGGUGCUGGUGCUCUAAGCAGUAGCUUUAAAUUGCUCUCAAUUAUAUUAAUUUUGAAUGUUGCUAAUUAAACAUAGGAACUGUCAUUUUGAAUAUCUUAAUUGUUCAAAUCUUUUGACAAACAUGGUCAGACAUUAGGCAGAGGGAUGAGCCUCCGGGAGCGUGGCACUCUUACGGAGCCAGCUUUAUCCUAAUUCUGAAUGUUUUCAUUCAUAAGUAAAUACAAAUAAGUCCAUUAAUUAAUUUGAAUAACAAAUGGUAAUGUCCAGUUUUCACAAAAAAUGCAGUGUAUUAUAAUAGUUUAACAGCAGGUGGGUCUACAUUCUUAUAAUUUGCCCUGGUGGUGUGAUUGAUAAUGUUCAUAGACAUGCAUUUCAUUCCUCAGUGCAUUGCAUUUAUCAAUUAAUCUACUGCUGAUGUUCUGCAUCAACAACACCUCAUGCCUUAAUGUACAGUGUAGUGUAUGGUAUCGAAUGUAAAGUAAUGUUACUAUGGUUACUCGUUUGUUUGCUGUAAGUUACCAUGGUGCUCUCUAGGCUGUGUGUGUAUUCGUAAAUGUACAUAAUCCAUAAUUUGGAUGUAAAGCAAUCAGUUGGUGUGUGAUUUGAGGAGUCCGAUGAGUGUGCUUCAGUUUGAACACUGCAUAGGGUUUAUGUUCUUAUAAAGCUGAAACACAAAACUAAUUAAAGACUCUGAUGAUCAUCAAGGCCGCACUAGACUUACCACAACAAAACCAUCAAUUUGUGACAUUAGCCAUGAAAUGAAUGCAGGGAUUUAAAUUUUAUUUCAUUAUUUUAAAGCUGCUUUAUGCUAAUGAGCUCCAUUUUUGGAGUCUGCAUAGUUACAAAAUGCUGAGACAGCAUGGCCAUUGGAAGAUAGAUUUUAACUAAAACAUGUAAAUAUAAAUUGUGGGAUGACUUGCAAUUCAAACUUGACAUAGCAAUUGAUACAAGCUAUUGCAUAGUUUAAGUAGGUAUUGUUUUUGUACUAUGCAUACUGAAAUGUCUGACUUUGAAACUACAAACUUGCACUGCUUUGUAGCACCAGGUAAUAUUCAAAUUGCAUUAGAUCGUAUUGCAACAUCAUUAGGUAGAUAGACAACAUCAGGUAAAUAAAAAAGAAAAAAAGAUCAAAUCAUAAAUUACAAUGACGACGUCACUGGGGCCCUUUUCCAUAUGUUUGGGUGCUAAUAUCACCGCUGCAGAGAAGCACAAACCAAAGGGAGCUUUAGCAGCACCAGGAAUAUAUUAUAUAUGCUGCACAAUCACUACUGCAUAGUUUAAGAGGCCUUGUUCAGAAAUGGUUGAAAAUUAAAUUUAAAAAAAAAAAACAAUAAAUGAAAAGAAAAAAACUUGAAUGUUUUCUCAGUGUUCAAAGCCUAGAUGACGUUUUCCUUAGUCAUCAGGUAUUUUUGUUCUCAAGAGCUGUUUUUAUUGUUUAGAAGCUGUAAAUCUGAAAUUCUGUAGCAUGUGUUCUUGAAAAUGUGUAAAUAAUAUUUACUAAAUAAAAAAAAGGAGCAACGUG